AUGUCGGGCAUCCCCAACGCGCAGUACGGUCGCCGAGUUUUGGUACGGUUCGCAUACGAAUGGGGCGGUGCCGUAUUCUCUAUCGAAAAGAACUGUGGCAACGGAACCGGAGGAGGUGUCAAGCGAAUCACCCACCGUCUGUCGGGAACGGUCCGUGUCAAUUUUUUCGAAGUCACGGCUCCAUCACGUACACCAUCCAAACGGACAAUGAAUGAUUCCGUACGGAUGACCGCGUCGUCGUACUCUACCGGACGUCGCCGGUCCCGGAGUGCGACUUCCACUACUGCGGACACGUUGCGUCCCACGAUGACAACGACGACGACGCCUCCUUCACCACAAGUCGACGAGCUCGACAACGUCUGGGCGCAGAAUCCUUCGCAAUGGCUCACGUACUCGUCCGACGAAGAAUCCGCACACUCGCGGCACAGUCGCGACGUCUCCCCCGCACUUUUGGAUCUCGUCGAUCCGGACGAACUCGCGCACGUCUUUACCACCUUUAGUCCAACCGACGCACGCACCCGUCGGCGUACCCGCAGUGCGGUGGACAUUCCGGUCGAUCACACCACACCGCCACAGCAGCACCACAACACUAGUGUGGCGCUCGAGUUCGGCACCGGGACGUCACCGGAAGACGACCUCACGGAAGCGGCCCGCGGAUUCCAACGUCACGCCACGCGAUGGCUUCUCCUCUGGUUUGCCGUUUGUGCCGUCACCACGUUCGGCGUCACCGACCCCCUGGCGUCGUCGCCGUGGACUCGGACCGAUACCGCGUCCCCUACUUUCACGACGGCGGUCUUGCCUCUCUUUACGAACCCGUCGGCAACCCGAUGGGAAACCUCCAACGCCGGAACACCGGCGGCGGGGUCUGCGCGUCUCGCACACGCCCGGGCAGCUCCACGGAAUUCACACGCAGUGGUAGCCAAACUCCGGUAUCGACCCGAACUGGAAGCCUUUUAUCGCCAAGACGCCUUGCGAACCGCAUUCACCACACUCCAUUGGACCUACUACGUCAAUAUUUGUGCACUCGGUGGGGUGCUCCUGUGGGCGUUGCGGGAACACGUGGUACAACACCAGCGGUACUAUCGGAAUUGCUGGCGCGGCCAUCCCAGUCCGGCGAUGAUCAAGUUCACAAUCAGCAACGGACGAAGGAAGAAAAUGGUCAAAUUCCCGGUCGAUACAAGGAACUUUCUCCCGGGGAACAUCGAACGCGUUCCAGCCCCCGACGACGCGCCCGAAGUGGGCUUGGAACUCUAG